GCGCUCUUCCUGGAGCUGGACGCGGACCCGAGGCGAGUGAGCGCGGUCGUCAUGGAACCCUCCCGGCAGAAAGUGUGUCUUCUCUUCCUCUGCGCGUUGGUUCCGUUCUUCCCCCGACCCUGUCCCUUGAUGCUGAGGAAAGGCAGCCUGCGUAGAGACCUGCGGCUUUUGCACAAAAACAGGCCUUUGUUGAGAGCGAAGACUCUGGAGGGGCAGACGUGGGACGCUCUCGGGACCUCCCGAUACACCCCAUUGGCUAGUUGGAGAAGCGGAGCCCGCAGCAGCAGCAGACGAAGAAGAGGGAGAACACGAAGAAGAAGAGGAAGAAGAAGAGGAAGAAGAAGAAGAGGAAGGAGAGAAAGAGACAGAGGGAGAACACGGAAGAACUGA